AAAAACUCAAAAUGCAGAAAAGUGACAGCCGUGCACUUUAUGACAUGAAACUUACUACUGGAAUGUCAUAUAUAUAUGGACCAGAUGGGAAAAAGGCACACGAGGAAGCUAUCGAAUACGAUAAAGAUAAAUCCUAUCGCCUUGUUGUGAAUAUUGUCGGAAAGGUGGCACAAGGAAAAACGAGUCUACGACGUCUUCUAAUUGGAGAAGAUUUCAAUGAAAAUGAACAAAGUACAGUUGGGAUAGAACACGAGUUAGUAGAAACACUUGGAACAACACCAAACCCUGGUAAUUUUUGGUCUAAAGUUGAUCUGCAAAUGGCUAAUGUUGAUGAGUGUAACAUAAUUGUCGGUAAACACGUACGUAGAAGGUUAGAAAAUAGUCAACGACGAAAGAAAUACAAGGCUGAAAUUCAAUCGUUCGUAAAGGCAACAAUAUUGUCAUAUUUUAUGUUAUUUCUGUAUUUCACAGCAGCAGAAUCUGAAGUUUCUCUUUGUCCAUGGUUUUCGGUGAUGUUGAUAGUAUCGCUAACCUUCUCCGGUUUGUUACUAUUUGAUUCGCUACGUGACGGUUUUGGCAUGGCACUCGGUGUGCUUUGUCUUGUAUUGUACAAUGAUUGUCUCCUCCGAUGGAAAUCAUACGAAUUGUUUGAACAUUUGGAAUAUAAUGUAUGUUUAAUGUGGUCUGUUGUACAUGCAUUUGUAUACUUUGCAAGGAUACAUCUGGUUAUGGCAUUCAGCAUGGGCAUUUCAACAGGAAUGGGAUUCUGUUUUGUAUUAUGUUUAAUGCAACCACCGUGGACACGAGAAAUUCUCAGUUACAAUGUCUUUAAAGAUCCUCAUUUACAUAUUUUUACAAUGAGUGUUUUGGUUGGCAUAUGGACUUUAAGACACCCCAAGAUCAUUGCAGCAACAUUUACCAUGCUAGCAUUAAUUGCACCCUUUAUUUCAAAAGCUUUCAUCUUUUCAGUUUUGAGUGGUUUAGGAUGUGGAUAUUCCCACGUGAUCUUCAUUAAACUUGGCUUUGAUACGUACGUCAAAUUACUAAACAAAGUAUUAAAGUCAGUUGCUGAAAGUAGACGAAGUCGACGAUUUAUUUGCUAUUUUCUCGGAAUUAUUCCUGGGAUUUUGAUCACAUUUGUACUAGAAUGGAAAUUGUCCAAGCAAUGGUUUAUCCAUGCAAUAUUUGGAACAUUUGUAAUACUAUUCAUAGAAGUUUGUCAUUCUUUUCUGGAAGGAAAAGUCGAGGCCAACCCUAAAGCGUCAAUUAGCAAUGCGACAAAAGUUCUUGAUUCUAAAAGUGAAGCUAGCCUAAAGUUUGUUAUCCGAGAUUUUGCAGGACACCCUUUAUACCACUCUGUACAUCACAUUUAUAUGAUGGGUCACUGUGUUUAUUUGAUUGUUUUUAGCACAACAGAAGCAAAACGGAAUUUUAAAUAUUGCUUUGCAGAUAUACUGUAUUGGCUGCAAGCUAUUUUUGUUCAUGACAGGUUUCCAAGUGUGCGCGCCUUUAUUGUCGGUACGCAUCGCGAUGAUACAAGUCUGAGCAGAGAUGAUAUUGACAUGGUUUCGGAAAAAAUACUAAAUCAUCUUCCAAGGCAAUUUCAUAACAUGGUUGUCUGGAAUAGACAGAUAGACAGACCUGUUUUCUAUGUAGAAAAUUCUAUGCGAGAUCCAAAAGAUGCUGAUCAUUUAUACCUUCGACAGCAACUACUAAAUCUCGCAAAAGACUCCAUGAAACCGGAAUAUCCAAUUAAAUAUCUAUACUUCUAUCGUGUUAUUAAUGAUUGUCGCUUAAGAGGGCGUCUGAUUGAAACGUUAGAAACAAUAGAACAACUAUGCUAUGAACAGGAAUGUAGUGUUACAGCAGACGGUGAGCUAGAAGAUCUCCUGAAUUAUUUUCAUGAAAGCGGAGAGAUUAUAUAUAAUUCAUAUGAUAAUAACCAAAACCAGUUGGUUGUGUUGGACCCUAAAGCCUUGGUUGAUAUCAUGACAAGUUUAGUCCGAGCCCCGCCGAGAGCAGAUAGACAAGCAGAAUAUAUGUUAGCAUGGAACACUGUUGUUGAUUUAGGUAUUGCUACACGAAAGCUUCUUCAUCAUAUGAUAGAAAAGAGUCCACUAGUUAGUGAGGACAUUAAUGUGGACAUCGUAAUUGGUCUUCUAGAGUAUCUGGAUUUAGUAUGUAAGCUUGAUCUUGGUAUCGAUGGAAGGAAUGUGAGUGGAGAAAAAUGCUAUCUAUUGAUACCACUGGUGAAAGAUACUCUCCCGUACCCACAAAAUUACUGGGAUGACAUAAGUUCAGAUACAGUUCUUUACUUCGACUUUGGACCAGUGGUGCCGAAAUUUAUUUUUACCCGCCUUGUGUGUCAGUGCACUAGCGAAACACAUGUAGAUGUCGGCAUGAAUGGGAGUUAUCAUCUUAAUGUUUGCACGUCUAAAGCUUUAUUUACAUUUAGAUCUGGGUUUAGACAAUCGAAUAGCUACAAAAUUGAACUUUUAGAUAUAAAAGAAAGUGCAACUCCGACUCAACAGCUUUUGAAAAUAGUUAUUAGAGGCAGUGAGCAAGAAUCCUGCAUGGAUCUGACCAAAAGGCUUUGCCAGAAGAUCUGUAAUAUUGUAGACAGAGAUUUUAGAAAAUGUCGAUACAAAAUUGGCGUUAUGUGUCCAUUUGAAGGACCGCAUGAAUUCUGCCAAAAUGAACAUCACAUCUUCUCGCUGUAUGAAAGCAUUAAACCGGAAGGAUAUCACCGUGUUUUGAGCAUUGAUCUACCAGACAACAAAGAAUUCUGGUGCAGAGGACGCCGUUUUAGUUUCAGGCUUGGACAGAUCUUAGUUUCGCCAAUACAGAAUGCACACCACCAGCUUGAAAGACAAAGAAGUGGUUUAUGGGACGUUAAUAUCCUCGAUCUGCCACCUCGUUUAUUUUCAGAUAUUUGUGACGAUCUUAACAUCUUUAAUGCACUUGGACGUGAUUGGAGAUUAUUAGCAGAAACAUUAGGAAAAAGCAAACGUCAAAUAGAAUUACUGAAAAUGCGAUCACCACGGGACCCCUGUGAUGCUCUUUUACAAGACUGGGCAGCGUCAACGACUGAGGCUACAGUGGAACGCUUGGUGGAAAAGCUUACUCGAAUGGAACGGUUUGACGUUGUAAGAAGAUUAGAGGAUUACAUUCAAGGAAGCUAACUCUGUUGUCGAUAUCUAUCUUUCGUGUCUCUGUAAAAGGUUGACGAAUAUGCCAAAUUGUAAUUUAUCAUGAGUUCAGGUCGGGUUUUAAUCCAGUAAAAAGGAUCAAAUCUAGAGUUGUAAGACGGAGCAUUGAAUUGAUCAGUUAUUCUUUUAUUGAUAUAUGCUACUGUAGUGUGCCUUGUAUUUAAGACAUAUUGUAAGAAACCUUUGUCUUAUAUUUCAUAUCUCAAAUUCCACAGACUGAAAAUAAAUGAUAGUUGUUUUUAUUUGAAUCUACAAAAACGCUGGGAAUAAAUUUACUUGCACAUUUUUAUUCAUUUUAUGUA